AUGAGGUGCUAUUAUUGCCACUAUGCGAUGCUAUUAUUGCCACUAUGUGGUGCUGUUAUUGCCGCUAUGCGGUGCUAUUAUUGCCACUAUGUGGUGCUGUUAUUACCGCUAUGCGGUGCUUUUAUUGCCGCUAUGCGUGCUGUUAUUGCCAUUAUGCGAUGCUAUUAUUGCCACUAUGUGGUGCUGUUAUUACUGCUAUGUGGUGCUGUUAAUGCUGCUAUGCAGUGCUGUUAUUGCUGCUAUGCGGUGUUGUUAUUGCUAAAUGCUGCUGUGAGUUGUUUGGCUGUGCUGUUUAAUGUUGAGUUGUAUGAUGUUAUUGCCGCUAUGAGGUGCUAUUAUUGCCACUAUGCGAUGCUAUUAUUGCCACUAUGUGGUGCUGUUAUUGCCGCUAUGCGGUGCUAUUAUUGCCACUAUGUGGUGCUGUUAUUACCGCUAUGCGGUGCUUUUAUUGCCGCUAUGCGUGCUGUUAUUGCCAUUAUGCGAUGCUAUUAUUGCCACUAUGUGGUGCUGUUAUUACUGCUAUGUGGUGCUGUUAAUGCUGCUAUGAGAUAG